AUGAGGUUCGAAAAUACUUUCUGGACUUCUGAUUACAUUUCAGGGAUCAAAGCGUUGCUUGAUACGUUAGAAAAAAGUCGUCGAGAUGGUUUAGAUUCGUUACAGUACUUCAAAAGUUAUGUUGAUCUUUUAGAGAUUGAAUCAACAAAGCUCAAAGAAUUGUCAAUUAAGUCUGGGAAACUUUUGGGGUCUAGAGAGAGAGAAAUUGCUUCGCCAAAGAUUUUAGGAGAGUUUGAGCAAAAUCAUACAUCAUUGGGGUCAUUAACUCGUCUGAAACGCGUCCAAAGCGAACACACAAACACAAUCAGUGAAGGAAAAUCAUCAUUAGCUCUUAAAAUCCAAAGUGAUCUUAUCAUAAGGCUUCAAGAUUUCCUUGAUGAUUUUCAAGAUUUCAUAUCAGAUUCCGAUAAAUCAUUAACCAACCAAUACAAUGCCUACAUUAAAGCCACCCAACAAGCGAUAGCUGCUGAAAAGUCAUACAUCAACAAAACUAGGGAACUAGAAGAUGUUGGCCUCAAGGAAUCCCAGAACAACUUGAUAGAGCCGAGCAAAGAGAAGUCAGAGGCUCCAAUACAAAAGACAGUGGAACAAGUUGAAGAUGAUCAAGAGGAUGAAAUUUUUAAAUUUCCAAUGCGAGUUGGUACAACCAUUUUCAAAACUAUCGAAGAAUUGAACGAAUUCAUGGUUAGUAUGACUGAUGAAAUUCCAAUCAAAAGAAGAAUGAUUCCAAUUCCAGGGAUAAAUAAUGAAUAUUGGAGCAGUGAAUCUUUUUUCAAAUGGGUUAGAUCAAAUAAGGAAAAUGAAGAUUCAAGAAGGAAAAUAGAGCAGUUUGGUCAAGAUUUGAUCACACUUGGUCUGAUAAGUAAUUGGAACAAAUUAGCUGCUAAUAAAUUUAUUUCUGAUGAUGGCUACUAUGAAUUUACCGAUCUAGCUAGAUAUAUUGUGAAAUUCGAUGGGGAAAAGGUACCCACGUUGGAAGUCACACCUUCAGAAGAGACAAUUGAACACAGUCAUCCAAAAAAUAGUGUUUUCGAUGGAUUGAAGAACAGAUUCAAACAAAAUUUAGAUAUUGAGACACUGAGACAAAAUUCUGCUGAAGCUAAAGAGAAGUAUUUGGAGUCAGUUGAUAAAAGCUAUCUUGAAAAGGGUAAACUAGAAACAUCAAUCAUUUCAGUUUGUCGCAGAGCUGAAGUUUACGAAACGAAUCAUACAAAACUAGUUUACUUUUUAACCAAAUGCUUCAAUGAAUUAGUUUUGGAUGAACAUCAAAAACAGCUUGAUAUUAUUCAAGAUAUUGCUGAUGAUUACAUUUACAAUGAUGAUACUUUGGCUUAUGAGUUGCUCAAAAAAUCUAUCAACAAUAGAACUGGGUGGUUUUGGCCAAAAUCUGAUGUAAAAUUUUCAAAUUAUGGUAAUUCCAAGAGCACAGCCAAUCUUGAAUUGUUUGGAAAUGAUUUACUGAAUCAAUAUAGAGAUCUUUCAACCGGGGAUCUGAAAACAAAAUCUGUUCCAUUUUUCUUGAAAAAAAUAAUUUUAUACUUGGAUGAGCUUGAAGGGGUUGAUGAAGCUUGGGUAAAAGAACUUGAUGUCCUCAAAGCCAGUAAUAUCAAAAGGUCUAUAUUAUCAUCCAUCCCAAUAUAUGAAAAACAAUACAGCCCCGAUGACCUUGAUGUUGAUAUAAAUUAUUUUGUUACGUCCAAAGUUGCUUCUGAAGUUAUUUCAAAAAGUUCCGCUGAUGAUGUUGUUAGCUUUUUAAAAUUAUGGUUAUUGGAAUUACCAGAUAGUUUGAUACCAUUCACAUCAUAUGAUCAAUUGAGAACAUGUUACCUCGAAAAUUCAGAUGAUGAUUCAAUCAAACUUAAAAUUUUGGGAUCUAUCCCAAGACAAAAUUUGGCAAGCUUAUUAUACCUCAUGGAGCAUAUUUCAUCAAAAGUCGCAAGUGUUGAAAAGUUGGUUAAAAAUGAAAAAGUUCCACUAUACCAUCUUUUAAUCAGACCAAGUCCUAAACUCCAGCAUGCCAACACGGAUGAUUUGAUUGUUUUUGAACCAUUUUGUAAUGACUUGCUAAAGAAAGAUUUUCAAACAUUGCUCUAUGGUAAGCUGAAUGAAUUAGAGCAAACACACUUGGAAAGGGAGAAAAGGGCUGAGGAAUCUUUGCAGCGCCUGAAGCAGGUGCCAAGGGAGUUGAGCCCACCUCGACCUAUUUCAAAGUCAACGUCUUCUAAUUCAUUGACCGUUGAUGGAUUGAGACCUUUCAAGACAAAAUCACCACUCACUUCACCAGUUUCAUCACCAAAAGUUGGAAGAAGCAGGACUAACUCCAAUCUGUUUUCGCCUUUGAGAAGACCAUCAGAUAGUUUGCACAAAAGAACACUAUCCAAGAACCUUGAUAAGGAAACGUUAAAGCAUGAUGAGACCACAAAGAAUAAUGACAAAAAUGAUGCUCGUUCUACUGAUAAAAAUACUGAAGAGAUAGUUCAGACUAAGAACAUUAAAGAGCAAGAUAAAAUUACAUCUGCUGUUGAUGGCGAUGAAGUUGAGGUUAUUGAGGUGGGUAUUGGUGAAGAAAACAUCAAGAAAUAA